AUGGCUGUUUUCAAAGAGACCUUCAACGCACCAGAUCGGACCAUGAACCUUGCAUCGGAUGGUGUGGUUGCAGCUUUGAGUCUGGUGAAGUCUGGUUGUUCGGCUUCCUCACCAGGUGCCCAAUCGCCAUAUCUGUGGCUGGCGCAGGAGAGCGUGGGCCAAUCUUCUGAGCGAAAGUGGGAGUGGGUGCCCUUGCCACGCGCAGAUUCCGAACGCCUUGAAGCGAUCUUGGCGAGUGCAGCUGGCAAGGAGCUGCUGACCUUUGGGUUUGGAGGAAAGAUUGGAGGUCCUUGGGUGCCUUACGAAGAAGAGGAUGCAGAGGGCUUGGAGACAGCUUUUCAGCGCCUGAGAAGUGCCAAGGAAAAGGGUUCAUUGUUGGUGCCCGUCAACAGGGGAACUGAUGAUGUGCGUUUCGAGGCUUUGCCACCAGAAGGUGUGGAGGACGACUCAAGUACGUUGACGAUGUUCUUCGGGAGCGGUCAAAAGCGGUAUUCUGUGUUGGGCGUUGUUCCAAAGUCCGACGAGUCUACAAAGGAUGAAAGCCAAGGAGAUGAAUUGCUAUUUACUGCAGUUCAGGAGGAGGUGGCCAGAGGUGGAGGUAGUGGGGAGAAGCACAUGGUUUGGCGCGGGUACUGGGUGGUGGCUGGCGAGGAGAAAAGUGCGGAGGAGAACGAAGUGGACAAGCUUCCCAACCGAGUAGAGUGCUUGACUUUUGUGGUCCACGGCAUUGGCCAAUACCAUCGAGCCCAGCAGGGGGAAAAUUCGCAAUUUUUCAAGGAAGUUUCACGGGUGCGGAAGCUGGCCAUGAAGUAUCAACUUGAAAGGAUGGAAGAGCAGGGCCAGGGCGAGGGCUCUCAGCCGUCUGGCCGGAUUGAAUUCCUUCCACUGGAGUGGUACGGCCCCAUUCACGUUGAUGUCGGAAUAGGCAACCGCCUCAAGAAUGUGACCUUGAAGUCAGUUAGCUCUUUGAGGGACUUUGCGAACUUUGCCCUGGCCGAUGUCAUGGUGUAUCUGGAUGAUCAAUGGCGGGAAAGAAUACACGAAGAACUUCUGAGAAAGAUGGCAAACCUGUGGAAGCUUUUCUCCGAGCGCACCUCUGACUACUCCGGUGAGGUUGCAGUGAUCGGACAUUCUCUGGGGUCCGUCAUCAUGUUCGACUUGAUGCAGAAGGGGUUGGAAAAACUUCCUCAGGGCCUGCAUUGCUCUCCUUCGAAGGACACUUCAGGCUCUCCGAAAAAGACGAUGGUCUCUGCACCGGCCAAGCCAGCAAACGUGGCCACUCCUGGUAGCAUUGACCGAAAAGGGAUCAAGAUACUGAAAGAUCACAUGGCCAAAGGCAACAUUGCUCCCCUGGCCAAAGGAGGGCAUGCUGCCUACGAACAUCCUGUGCCGCGAUGCCUUUUUGCAGUGGGUUCCCCUCUGGGUAUGUUCCUGAGCAUCCGCCUUUCCCAGAAGGCGCAGCGUGCAUCCAGGUAUUUUCGAGGGCUUGAUGUUCGAUGGCCAGCAGUGAGUGAGGGCAGAGGAUGGAGGAUGUUCAAUGUUUUCCAUCCAGAUGAUCCGAUAGCGUAUCGGAUUGAACCACUCCUGAACCCGGCAUAUGCCUCUAUGAACCCAAGGGUAGUGCCUCACAAGGGUGGAUUGCGAUGGAAUCACCAAAUCAAGAGCUGGUUCUCCACCUCAGCGUCAAAGAGCCCUGACGGUGGAAUGUGGGAUUUGGAGGGCCAAGAAACCUUUGAAGAAGUCUUGGUGGUGCCAACAGAGGACCCAGCAAGCUUUUUCGAGGAGAAGCCUGCUCGGCAAUCUGUGGUGACCGUGGAUAGGGUAGACUACGCUUUGCAGGUCAGUGCUUUUGAAAGCAUGAACGAAAUGCUAAGUGCGAUCCACAGCCACUUCUCUUACUGGGAAAAUGAAGCGAGGAAUUUCUUGAGACUUCCGGUAUAAAAUGCACUGACUCAAUUGUUGUCAAAGCAGAUUUCUGCAGGACUUGCUGCGGUUCAUUGUGGAUCAGAUAUUCGAAUCCCUUCAAACUCCAAGUAAAGCCAGAUCAUCCAAGUGAGAUGUGCUGACGACUGCUAACCCUCUCUCAACGUGUCACAAAGUCUCACAGAACCCUCGGUUUGU